AUGUCAUCACACUCACCACACGGGUUCGUUGUGCGGCCCACUUUGCCGGAUAGAGACGUAAGCGCCGCGUCUAUAGAAGAAGCUUAUGUCCGCUUUAUAUUUUACUGUAACCCUGCGUUGCCACUGGACGCUGACACGGAAACCCUGCGAGAUGCGUUUCGAACGCCGCCUCGGAGUGGCGGCAAGGCCUUUGACACAUUUACCAUAUUCGAGCUGGUCAAGAAGUUUUACCACAGGGAGAUCAAAACGUGGACCGAGUUGACCACGACUCUGGGAGUCGAGCCGCCGGAUCCUACCAAGGACGAGAGUGCACAAAAGGUUGCACAAUAUGGCGUUCGGUUAAAGAAAUGGAUGAAUUCGAUGCAUGUCAAGGCGUUCUUUGAGUAUCUCAUGAACAUACCCAAUGACUACUGGACAAGAAUUCCGACAGAUCCCAACCCCAUUGCAAGUGCAGUCCGCGAUGGAGUUGCCGUAGAGGAUGACAUGGCGUUGAGGGCUCUGCUGCCUCAUAUUCGCCCCAAAAGAGGCCGAAAGAGACCAGAAGGAGAUGACGCUGCGGCAGGAUCGCCGGCAGCCCAAAGACAACGUCUCUCUCCUACAUCUGCGGUAGACGAUUAUCGUCAGGGACCGUCGGGGCCAUGGUCGGCGCAUCCAGACUCUCGAGGAGGUGUGUCGUUGGAUCCAUCGAGACCGCAGAAUCCCGCCGCAUGGGGACAAAAUGAUUUCCUACAAACACCUGCUGGUCGAUGGCCGCAAUCCGCAGUCACACCCACGACCAGAGGCACAUUCUGGGACGAUGCCCUGGAGCCUCGAUCAGCAGUGACUCAUAACAAAGGAAAGUUAUCAAACCACCGUCGAGGCGCGAAAAACGUGUCAUCAGCAUGGAAAACUGCUGGGCAGGACCCUGGUACGCGGCCGCGAGGUCGACCCCCCAUCAAUCGUACACCAGUCGACGGACCAGGCCAGUAUCCUCCGCCAGGUUGGACACCAACUCAUGAGCCACAUCCCGUAACUUCUCAGUUUUCUGCUUCACCGCCACCGCUUCAUCCGGAACAACAACAGCAGCAACAGCAGCAGUAUCAGCACCUAAAUCACCACACUCCAGACAAUCAUAAUGAGGGCACUCCCUCCUCCCAGCAGGAGCAACACUUACCGUACAAAGGAGACUCGAGACCUUCCCGACCAAGCAUCUCAUUACAAGUCCCUCAACGAGCUGGCGGAUCUGUUCGUCUAGCUACACCUCCAGCGCCAGCACCAGCAUCCCACCCACCGGUUUCUCAAGCCCAAGCCAACGGCAUGGAAGUACAUGACCAGUACCCCGCUGGCGACGACAGCAAGUAUCAAGAUGGCUGGAGACGGUUUGCAAGAGAGGCAGCAGAUGCUUACGAGCAGGGUGACACUAGCGGUCUCGCAGACAAAUCUUCGGUAAUGCCAGACUACUUCUUUGACAAGAUGGACGACCGCACAAACGUGGACGUGCUCGUAGCAUAUUUUACCCGCUCCAUGAGCGAGGCAGACUGGCAAGACAUACAUGGCAACGAGACGAAGAAGGUAUCUAUAGAAGAAUCGGCAGCCAUGGUUCACGCCAUGCUUCAGACAAUGUACCAAACGGCCACCUCUCCCCAGGCGUUUCUCAUCAAUCUCGCUGCUCUCGCCGGCUCCACGACCCUCGUGACAGCAAGACCAAAGUGUACGCGUCUGAGCGAAGACGGUGGCCAGUUCACAUACAAGUGCGAAUGGGAAUACCGCUUCGGCCAUGUCAAGGGCGGGUUUACGUUUGAACAGGUUGUCCCUGCGAGCAUGUGGGCAAAGACGAAGAAGGUGCCUACUACCGCUGGAGAAGACGGCCAGAAUCCCAAGGAGGAUCUGUUUACAAAGGAGUACUGGCAGCAGAAGUAUGAGGCGCUGACGGUGCAAAUGGAGGCCAGGGAUAAGGAUUUGGCGGAUUUGAGGGACAAAGUCAUGAAUGCCUUGGGGAGGGAAUUCCUCUGA